AUGGAGCGACGAAAAAGAAAGUCCGCCAUCGAGUCUUACAUUGACAGUCUAUCGGAUCCUCCAGAAAAGAUUAAAAAGUCAAAUGAGUUCUACUACACCCUCAGAAAUUUUUUUAUCGUAAAAAGAUGGUUUGAAACCAAAGUAAAAAAAUUCACUAAAAAAAUUACUUCACAGGAACGCUCCACUGAAAGUCCCAUACGUUCAAGGCGCCGAAGUCGAUUUGCACCGGCUUUACGAGACCGUCAUGGCAUUCGGCGGCUGGCAAAAGGUUUGAUUUUUUUUUUUUUUUUUUCAUAUUCUCAUUUAGGUCGCGAUUUACGACCGUUGGGCCGAUGUUUCCGAGGUUUUUGGCAUUAGAGAUGACGUCGUUUGUGGAGACCACGCGAUAAAGCUCAUUUAUAUGAGGUUUUUUUGAAUUCCAGAUCAUUUUUCCGUGUAUUAUUAUUAUUAUUUUUUUUUUUUGAAAGGAGGGAAGUGACGAAUAAAUCACAAAAACUCGACAUUGACAUAACUAGAAAAAAUAUCAUUUCACAAAAAUAGCUUUCUUUUGAGUUUUGGCAACUAUGAAACUUAUUUAUUGUGCUCGAAGUGGUAUUUCCUAAAUUAUUUUUUUUGAUAUCAUUAUUUUAUUGAGAAUUGAUGAAAAAAUUCAUCUCGGUUUCUAACAGGUAGCUUCACACUUUUUUUGCUUUUUGGAACCUUGUCAAGGGACUUAUCCUGAGUUAAUUAAUAAAAUAAUGACAGAAAAGAAAAUCAGUUUACAGGUACCUUUCGAAGUUCGAACAAGUCGAGACGAUGGGCGACGUCGACGACUACAUGGACAGCGAGAUGUCGCGGUCGCGCGGCCGCACGUCUUCUUUCUUUGCGACCAACGACUGCCCCGUGAGCCAGAGUCGCGUCUCUGGUUGGUCCUUCUGCGUCUCCACUCACUUCAUCUUCUCUUCAGAAUACUUGCGACGCGACGAUCGCUUCUCCGGGAACAAUGAGCCUGACUACGGUCGCCUCGUCAAGUCCUUGCUCGCAGGACUCCCCAACGAGGUUUCAUUUUCUCAAUCUUGUUCAUUGACUCAACCACGCAGUAAAUAGUGUCGCUGGAUAGGAGCCCAAACAUUUUUCUUAACCUUUGCUAGAUGCUCCUUCAAAAGAAAAUUGCGAAAAAAAAGCUAGACAAUUUUUUAAACCUGGGAAGCAUUCUUUAACCUAGAGAACUUUAUGAAUGUUCGAAGAAAUGUUUUCAAUAUUAAAGACCAUUUUUCUCUCGAUUUUCUCUGCUUUGCAAUCACACAACAUAUGCAUUAAAAAUAAAACAAAUUUUUUGUUUAUUUGCUUCGAAACAAAGGACGUCUGUAGGCUGCUAGAAUUUCUAUUUUUCCGCCACUUUUCGAUAUUUUUUCGAAUGAUUUCCAUUGACAGCACCCGCUUUUUUUUGGCUUGCUUUCGGUAUCCCAUUUUGAAUAUUUUAACCAUAUACGAGUAAAAUGCCGUUAGCGUUUUUUUCAUGCAAUAUUCAGAAAGAUUGGUCGAAAAUUGAAACAGAGACUUCAAAUCACAAUCGAUGUAACUUUCAAGGUGGACUUCGCUGUGAAUGUAUGUAUGUUGCUGUCUCACGCGGGUCCGCGACAGCUCCGAAUCGCCUAUGCGCCUUCUAUUCUGACGCUUCUGGCUGCCCAUGGAGGGAUCUUCGACGACGGUUUCUCAACCUUCGUUAAAUAGAAGGAAAAAGAAGUUUUGAAGAUGACGAGGUGCUGGCAGACAUGAGUGAGACUUGGAGGACAGCCAGUGGACACGACUUCGAAGCUUUCUGGGCUUCUUCAGGGAUUCCCAAGGAUAUGCUUCUGCGGUUCAUGGGCUCUUCUGUCGUCUCCCGAGUUCCAGUUCGUUUCGCUCCAAAAUUAAUUUUUUUUUUGUAAACUGUCUCUUUGCCAGAUAAGUAUAUGAAAAAAAAAUUAAAAAAUUUUUUCUUUUUCUAUUUUUCUAUGUAGUGUGCAAAGUUUAGUCAAAAGAAAAAUUAAAAAACGAAAUGUGAGAUUCUAACUUGAUUGAGGCCUUCAGAUAAUCUGUAGGAGAAUUGACUCAAUUACACAGUACAAUGAUCCACACACAGUACAAUCUAGUACAAUUAUAACUUUCUUGGUUCUCUUCCUCCACGCCACAGAUCUGUCUGUGAGCGUAAUAAACAUUUCAUUUCAUUACGGUCGCUAAACAAUUUUAAUAUAUUUUUUCAAGUUUCAGAUCGAAGACGACGAAAACUUUUUCACGGCGGUUGUAACAGAUUAUAACGUGAAAGAUCCAGUUUCAUGGAGGAUGAACCAGGUAAAAAGAAGCCUUUCUGUUUGGUUCAUCGUGAUGUUUUGCAGAUUGCCACAAUUAUCAGGAAUCUCUCGUUUGAGCCUGUUAAUCGAGUCACAAUGGCCUCUUCGUGGCCCACUAUGAAGUUGGACUACUUUGUUCAUUUUUUUAGUUUCAUUAAUUUUUUGUAGGUUUUUACUCAUGUGCGCAAAAUCGAAAUGGGCUCCCCUGUACACUGCAGCUUUAGACGCCCUCAGUAACCUCGCCUGUGACGUAGGAAUUUCUUCCUCUCUAGUAAUCAGCUGAUAAAUGCUUCAGAUAAACCUUUCGAGCGCGGUUUUGGUGCAUUUUUCGCAGCACGGUCUGUUGCAGAUCAUUCGGGAGGGUAUUUUCAGCAACGACAAGUUCAAAGUAUGGAUAUGAGAGAACUUCAAUGGAAUCUUGUGUUUUUCAGUUGAUUCGCUCGUUGGAGAUCCUCACCGGCCUCUGCAACUACGAAGGGAACGAGUCUCUGAUCAGCGAAUUCCUUUCCCGCGAGAUUUUCGAACACAUCCUCGACAUGGUGGUCGUCAAGGACAUCAUGAUGUGCGUCUACACUCUCGAGUGUCUCUACCAAGUCGGUUUCCGGCUCUUUCCAGCUUAAUUCCGUUCUGAUUUGCAGAUCUCCGAAAUGGGCGACUUGGCAUGCCAAUACCUCGCCCAAACCCCGCGAGCCAUUAAUCAACUCGUAUCUAUGGCGACGCUCGAGGCGGUCAGCUUUGGUCCUGCGGGCCUCGCCGGCAUGAAAGUCGUCGAGUACCAGCCUCAGGUCGGUCUUUAUCUGGGCGAAUGGGAGGUAUAUAAUUAUAAUGGGCGAAAUAGCCUUAAAGCGUAUCCACAACACCUAUCCAGAGUUUGAACUCGGCUUUUUGCAUUAUUCAAACAUAAAUCGUUUUCGUCUCCCCUUUCCCGGAAGCGUUGUCUAGUUUUUGCGGUUUUGUUUGUUCAUUGCGAGUAGCUUUGUAGUUAUCCAUUUUUUUCAAACUGUUUUUUUCAAAUGAUUUCUGGUUUAAGAAAAAAAUUGAAAAAAAUUUUUCUUUUCUGCCAUUAUGUUAAACAACGAUAAACCAUUUAAAAAAAUUAAAAAAAUUUUUAAUUUGGUUUCCAUCACUGUUCAACAAAAUGACAGAGAGAUAGUGAGGAAAAAGUGUGAAAGCUUAUUCCAAAUACAGGUGAUCUAGUAUUAAACCUAGUGAAUGACCUGAAUAUUUUGAUCUGCUUCAAAGCGAUAGAGCCAAACCGAGAGAGAAAAUUCAACAAAUAUUCAGUUAUAAGUUAUUUUCUACUGCCACUCCUUUCAUAUAUGUUUUGAAUUGAUGAUCCGUUUUUAUGUUCGGGAUUCAGGGUAUGCCGAAUCCUCCGCCGAUGCAGCAAACGCAUCCGAACCAGUCGCACCCGAUGCAGCCGCAGCAGCCGUCGUCUCAGCCGCAGCAACCGUCCAGGAUCCCGAGCCAGCUUCCGCCGCCGCAGUCGGCCUCCUCGCAAAUGACUGUCCGGCAGGCGAUCGCCAGCGGCCUCGUCAACCAGCCUCAGUUCGUCCAGCAGCAGCAGCAGCAAGCCUCGGCCAUUCCACCGCACAUGCAACAGCACAUGAGUUCGCCGCAACUGCGCCCCAUCGCACAGCAGCAACCCACCAGCCCCGUUUCUAUGCCGCCGACGAGCAAUGGUCCGGGCAACGGAGAGUCUCAGGUUUGCUUGGAUAGUAGAAACAAAAACUACGAAGUUCUUUUCGGAACCAAAUAGGAACAAUAAGAACGAAAUAUUAAUAUGAUAGCAGAAAAAAUUUCUUCACAAAGAAGAUUAUUAUACUUUGUAGGCGUUCUCUUUCAAAUGGCUCAAAUGAUCAGUAAAGAAAGGCUUUAAAAAAUCUAUUUGUUAAUAAACCUACUACAAAUUAUAAUUUUUCCCUAGAAAAAAUAUGAAGAACUUGCAAAAAUAGUCUAAAUGCUUUCAGCCGAUCUUUCAGCGGGAGUUAUGAAAAAUAAUUGCCGAGUCCAGGAAUGAUAGAGACGGUUAAGUUUGUUCAAAAUCAUACGGAAUAUGUAAAAGAAAAAUGUUUGCAUAAAAUUUUUGCUGUAAACUGCAUAGAAGUGUAACGUUUUAGUUGGAUUUCAAAAGAAGGAAUGCGUUUUUUGGAAAAUGGUUGUUCAGGUAGAGCAGCUGACGGAAAAGUGGAUCCGAGUGAACUGCGUCUUCGAUCCGGCCAUGUCGACGCCUCGAGGCGAGCUCUACGCGGCUUACGUCGACGACCUGCGCAACCAGUACCAUUCCCUCAGCGGAAGUCUCGCCAUGUUCAGCAACGUCAUGAAGUUGGCUUUCCGACUGUUCUUUUUCUCAAGUCUAGUGUCUUGCAGACAUCUGUAUCCGGAGGUCGCUUUCCGGAUAUCUGAGAACGGAAUCAUGAUUGUCGCUCAGGGAAUCCGUCUUGUUCGACCGCACCGUAUGUUUAUUUCUUUCAGCCACCAGAGUUUUUAAAUUCAAGUCCUCUCGUGGUUAAUGUAUAUUUUUACUUUUUCCGUUGCUUUUUUGAAAUUAUCUUCCUCGCCAACUGGUUGAAACUUGUAGUGUGAUGAGUAGAAAGAAAAUAUAAAAAAUCAAAACAUAUUUUGCUAAAAUUCGAACAAUUUAUUCAAGUAUUUUUAUCUACCAUUCUAUCUUUCCCGACAUUGCUCAAUUUCGUCUUCUGUUGUGUAAAAAAUUCAUUCAAAACAUUAUUUUCAAAACAGACCUACAGCCCGUUUUGGAAUGCAUAGAAAUAUUGUAUGAAAGAAUCCUGUAGCUUUGAGGUUCAGGACUGGCGCCAGCUGCUUCGGCGACGGCGGUCAAUCCAGCGACGCCGUCUGCCGAACAGGAGAAGAAGCAGGAGAAUUCGACGAUUGUGGCCCAUCCUCUGAUGAAACAAAUGCUUUCCAAGGAUUCCAAAUCCAACAACCUUGUCAGGGAGAACGGUAUCAACGGCCACAAGUUUGCAUUCUUUUUCGGACCCCAAUUAAGUUGUUCGAAUUUCAGCCUCUCGCCAUCGGACACUUCUUCUGAAAUGGAAGCGAAGCCUUCAUCUCCCAGCGAAGAGGUUCGUCAAAGCCUUUUCAGUUCAUUCGUCCCUUUUUUGUUACUAACAUCAGCACUCUAGACUCGAGACGUUUUCGAAUAUUUGAAUAUUUAUCUCACUCAGAUGUGUUUUUCAAAUCUUUCCGAAAAAAAUUUCUUUUGUUUCUUUGCUUUUUGCAACUAUCGUUUUCCCUAAUAAGUUUCAAAUCAAAUUUGAUAUUAAAAGAUCUCACUUUUGACGUGAAAUUUGUUUCUCGUGAUGAAAAAAUUACUCAUAGUCUGUAAAUUCUUUGAGACAAACUCAAUUUUUCAUAUUUUUGUUGGGAAUGGCUGACACGUGCUCCUGUUUUCUAUCUAGAAAGUGGUGUGUUUAACAGGAGGAAAAGAAGGACGGAGAGAAGCGAAAUAUGAACGGCCAUCUGGAGAUCUGCCAAGAACCCGUGACGUUGAGCGAGUCUAACGGCUUCAUCGAAGGCAAAGAGGUGCGGAUCGAGCGUCGCGAGCAAAACGCCAUUGUGGGCACUUCCUUUGUUUUCUUGCAUGCGCUUCUUUUUUUCAUUUACUUGCGAAGUAUUCGGAAUAGUUAGUCAAUAUUUUCAUUGCUCUGCACAAACAGCUCCUUCCGGUCUUUAUCUGCUGAUUUUGGUACGAAAAUGGGUCUCUUUCAAGAUGUUGUAAUUGAAUGUUUGCUAGAAAGGUUGAAAAAAUAAGUUGAAAGAAAACGUUUCUAUCAGGCAUUAAACUUUUUCGAAAAAGUAAAAUUCAAUUUGAAGCAGUGUUUAGGAGCAGGAAUAAUUAGAGCGGGUCUCUUUCAAGAUGUUGUAAUUGAAGAGAGCGUAUGAAUGGACUGACAAGGCAACUAUUUCGUUACAGUUUAGAAUUUUUGGAAAGAUGGCGGUUUUGAAUAUUCACAUUUAAAACCAAUUUUCAGAUGUAUUUGCGACUUCAAAUCUAUUAUCAUAAUGUAAAAAUUUUCAGGAAAAAGUUGAAGACUGUAAGAAAGAGAAGUCGAAGCUUCACGAUGAGGAGAGAGAGGGAGAAAAGCUGCAGAACGGUACUCUGACCAACGGAACUUCGGAGACGACCCGGCGUUCUUCUCGAAACAAAAGCUCCAAAUCUUCGAGUGUCAGUCCGCUAAACUCCAACAAAAAGUCAUCGUCCACAUCGAAAACCGACGCCGACGAGGUUCAGCAAAACGGCGUUCACCUUGACGUCGAGUCUUCCACCGACAUCGACGAAGUUUGUCUCUUUUCCACCAGAAACAUAUUCAUUUCCUGAUAUUGCUUUUUCCCGCACACCUUUUUUGUUGCAGAUGAACUUUUAUGGAGUCGCUGAGCCAAUAUUUUAGAACUCUUGAUACUAAAACUAUCUAAGUAUUUUUCAAGGAUGAAAUAACAUUUUCAUUGAGUUUUUGUCGGUUUCGAAGAAGUUUAGGAGAUUUCUAUUUAGAUUCCUCCCACAACAUUUGAGAUUUUAAAAAAAAAAAACGAAGUUUUCCUUUUUCACCGGAAAGACGCAUUUUCAGAAGAGCAUUCCGGUGGCGACCACAUCGGAAGUGGAGACGGACUUUAUGUGCGAAUGGGACGGCUGCGGCCUGUUCCUCACCUCAAGCUCCAACGCCCUCGUGCAUCUCACACAGGAACACGCGACCGAAGAGCUGGCCCAAGUCUGCAAGUGGCCUAACUGCGACGGCACGCAACGCAGCAAGUGAGUGCUGCACCCGACUUCUCGCAGGAAAAAAAGUUUUUGUUUCAGAUGGUCGUUGAUCACUCACCUGCAGGAUCACCACUGCACGGACCACCAUUUCAAGCUCGCAGCCCAGCGGCGGAGGUUUCGCAAUUUUUUGAAUCAUGAUUUUUUUUUUUGUAUACGGAAAUAAGCAAAACAUGGGCGUUAAGAAAUUUUCUUUUAAAGACGUCUAAUCUAAGUAACAUUCGAAUAUUUUUCGAAAAGUAAAAUGAGACGUUUCUACGAUUUCAAAAUAGAGCGCAAAAGUUGUUCAAUAGCAGGAAUUGGCAAUGAUAAUAAGGACAAAAACUAUGAGGUGUCUCGAGUCUGAAGAAUGUACAGAAGAUGUAAUGAGGUACCAUUUUUAUAAUAAGUAAGCCAAAAUAACUUUUUUACCUCGCUCACCUGCUGAGAUUGUUUCAGAGAAGGAAUCGCGCCGGCGAAACCCGUCCCUUUCCGGCCGGACUUGCCGCGAGAUGUGCCCCCACACCCAGGAUACGCCAAGCACGCCGCCAUGGACGCCAUCCGCCGACACGCCUUCAACUUCUUGAGCAGAGAAAUCACGGUACCCUUUCCUCAAUCUUCUCCAAAAUAUGAUAUUUCGAUCUAGGAUGAGCCUGAAGGCCCGGUUACGAAAAGUAUAAGACUGACCAGCUGUCUGAUCCUUCGAAACUUGGCACGAUACUCUGCUGAAGGGCGACAGUGAGUAUUCCUUUUUUCUUCUGAUUCUAAGAUCUUCUUAAAUAUUUCCAAGUUCUUUCCGCCGUUAAAAUUAUGACUUUUUUUUUCAUUUUUUUUCAUUCUUACCUAGUUAGAAAAGAUGGGAAUCAUUUUUAAGGGGAUAGAGCGUAGUUUUCCGAAAAAAUUUGUUCAGAGAUUGAUCUAAUAAAAAAAUUUUUUUUUCUGUGCUUCUUUAGUUUCUUCAAUCUUUUAUAUUUUCCUCUCUUAUACUCUACAGCCCGUUCUGGAAGAAGAAAAGUUUGGAGCAACCAAUUUGCAAACUUUGAAGUCUAACUCUGUGAAAAGCGACAUGAUUUAUUGUUGUUUAAAGUUCUCACUGAAAAGACCCCAGAUACAAAGUUGUUCAGUUUCCUGCGGAGACACGAGCCUCACCUGUGCUGGCUGGCGCUAUCGCGGCUGGAGAGCAGCCACGCCCUCGCUCAGCUCCUCGCCGAACUGCACGCGCCGGCCAUUGACGACGAAAAGUUGCCGACGUGCUCUUCGUCCAACUCGUUGCUGUCCUCUCAUCCUAGCUCGCAGUACCUGGCGACGCCGCAGAGGCCGCCGGUCGCCUCUCUGGAGGGAACGCCGUCGCGGUCCGUCGCGACUUUGCCGCCCGUCAGCUCUGCUCAUCGUUCUCUUUUCGUCAGCUCUGCUACUUCUGUUUCAAGCCACGACAGCAUGGUAAGUAUUUCUAUUUCUGUUCUUUAUUUUUUUUAUAAAUUUCAAGGCGUCACCACGAAUUUCCUGAAAAAUGAAUGACUUUUUUUGUAAACUAAAUUUAUGAAGAUGGAGAUUUUACAUGAACCUACAGACUUAGGUGUCAAUAAAUCAGUUCACUACUUUUUUUUUGAGAGCAAAAAGGUCGAACAAAAAAUUUAAAAAAAAAACGUUUGCAAAAUGCGUUUGUGAAACCUUUAGAGGCAGGGAAACAAAAGAAAGAUGUCUCAUCCUCUAUAAUAUUAAUGACCAUCUACAACUUACCUCUUUAUAAAAAUACCUUGCACAUAAUAUUUUUUCGAAUUAUCUCAAAUAUGUAAGUUUAUAAGUAAUUUCGAGGCCUGAAGCCGAAACUAUUGGUUAGCUGUUUUUUUCCUCCGCCUAAAGGCUGAAAAAUUGUUUCGUUUGUAGCCGCCUCCGCAGAUGCCGUUCCGAAGCCACCAAUCGCUGUUGCCGCAGCCACAAAUCAUGCCGCCGACGCCCCUUCGAGCUGGCGCCGGCAGGUGA